AUGACAGACUACCUAGGCGGCGUGGACGACAAAUCUAAGGGCGUGGCAAUCCUGUCACAACCGGAUGACGAUGUCUAUGACUUGGCUCGGGCGUCAGGCAUCAAUUCUACGAUGCCUGUUGCUGAGAUUUUUCGGGACCUUCGUCGGAUUCUAUGCGGUUCAAGGCCCACUUGGCUGGUGCGGUCCGAGUUCCGACGGCGGUUUCAACGGCCGUUUGAGAGCGUCGUGGAAUUUCAACAGGCGCUUUGCCUUCUAGGACGGCAGGCCUACCCUACUUUGGCAGCCGCCGAUCUCGAGGAAACACUCCUCGAGCAGUUCAUAGAUGGUGUUUCGAACCCGGAGGUUCGCAAAGCACUCCUCCGUCAGCAGCCGUCCAAGUUGGACGACGCAAUUCGCCUUGCCAGUAAGAAGAGGCACUCCAGGCUGCCUGUGCCACCCCCCUGCGGGGUUGUGUUGGAGUAGUGUCUAUGCGGUCUCAAUCGGGUGUGGACGUCAACACUCAGACGCCCUGGCGUCAGUGCGCUUGUGGGUCUUGCUCCCCUCGGCAAACUAAUUGGCGCCGACCUCCGAUCCGCCGCUCUACCGGUCACCAAGGACGCCGGCCCAUUCAAGUGAUUGAUGUUGAUCAGGAAGACAAUAGUAAGUGCUUUAUUUUUUCGGAUGCAGUUGUCUCAUGUGUUAGCCAUUCAAUUUGUCCUUUGGUUAAGGCGACAGUCGGGAAUGUUUCCUUUUCUUGUCUGGUUGAUUCCGGCGCAGGCUGCUCACUAGUUAAGCAACAGCUCUUUACUGCUUCUCAGACUAAAGGUAAGUAUCGAUGGAAACCCGGAUGGCGCCUCUGCACGGCCACUGGCACCGGGCUUGAGCACGACGGGUUGGUUGAAUAUUCAUUGCAACUUAGUGGUCACAUGUCUUCGCAUUCUUUCCUGGUGUCUCCGGACAUCACUUGGGACUGUAUCUUGGGUGUCGAUUUCCUGAAUAAGUUCCGGUGCGCACCUGAUUUUGGCAAACAACUAUUCAGUAAUACUCUCGUAAAUGUACCCUUUCUCACCCACGUGCCGCCGGCAUCAGAUCUUUGCUCUGCGUCCGUUGUGGUCGCCAACAUUAAGGACCUUUUACUUACCAGUUUAGACGCUAACAGUCUUACGCAACUAAAACAUUUGCUUACCCAAUUUAAAGACAUUUUUUGAUUGGGACGGCAAGUCAACGGGCCGGACCAAUUUUAGUCAACACUGCAUUGACACUGGGGACGCCAAACCCAUUAGGGUCCCUCCUAGACGUCUCCCCAUUUUAUGUCAGAAGGAAUUGGAUGCCCUCAUUAGCGAUAUGGUCAGUCGAAUAAUUAUUCGACGGUCUCACUCGCCGUGGUCGUCACCAAUAGUACUCGUGCGGAGGAAGGACGGCACGAUGCGCCUAUGUGUUGUUUACAGAAAACUGAAUGCUGUGACGAAAAAGGACUCGUUUCCAUUGCCCCGGAUCGAUGCUACCUUGGACACACUUGCGGGUAAUACCGUCUUUUAAACCCUCGACCUAGCCUCGGGCUACUGGCAGGUGGAGGUGCGACCCACUGAUAGAGAGAAGACUGCGUUUGCUGUAUCGUCUGGUCUCUACGGGUUUGAGACAAUGCCGUUUGGACUAGCCAAUGCCCUUAGUACCUUUCAGAGGCUUAUGAAUCAGGAACUCUCUCGGCUGAUUCCGAACUCGUGUCUGGUUACAUGGACGAUAUCAUUGUCCUUGGGAAGGAUUUCGAGAACCAUCUGACCAACCUUCGAACUGUAUUCCUCAGUCUCAAGCAAGCCGGUCUAACUCUAAAAACUUCAAAGUGCGUCUUCAUUAGACCGCGCGUAAAAUUCUUAGGACAUGUAGUUUCAGCCACUGGAGUAGAAACCGAUGUCGACAAAGUCAGACAGAUCCGUGAAUGGCCGACCCCUUCGGAUGUGACUAUCGACGUUUCAUAAAAGAUUAUGCCAACAUUGCCGCCCCUCUUCACCGUCUGACUCAGAAGGAGAAAAAGUUCAAGUGAACCGCUGAAUGUGAUGGUAGCUUUCAGUUGCUGAAGGAUAGUUUGCGCACUAGUCCUGUCCUAAUUUUUCCCGACAUCAGCGAAGAUGCAGGCAAAUUAAUCUUAGAUACUGACGCCAGCGACACGGCUAUAGGCGCCGUCCUGUCUCAGCAACAACGUGACGGCACCGAACGUGUCAUUCAGUACCUUAGUCGCACACUUACCAAAGCCGAGCGGCGCUAUUGUGUCACCCGCACAGAGAUGCUCGCACUUACGCAUUUCGUUGAGGAGUGUCGGUCCUAUCUCCAGUACCGACCACUCAUAGUACGUACAGACCACAGCUCUUUGACUUGGCUAAGAAACUUUCAGAAUUCUGAAGGGCAAGUAGCUCGCUGGCAAGAGAAGUUGGCGGAGUUCGAUUUCGAAUGCACCUUUCGACCGGGUCGUCAGCAUGUAAAUGCAGAUGCCCUUUCAAGGAAACCUUAUCGGCCACACGGGGAAUGCCCGUCAUGCACGGACAUCGCCAUCUCCGCUAUCGCUUUGCAAAGCGAUCUAUGCCUACUCUGGGCCGCAGCCCAACGAGAUGACCCGCAUAUCUGCCCCAUAUAUGAUAGGAAAGUUAGUAACGCCAGGCCUCUCAGUAAGGCUGAACUAGCGGGUCACAGUUAUAAGACGCGAUGUCUGCAUAGCCUCUGGGACAAAUUUUCCAUUGAGAAUGGCGUUCUCUUCUACCGUGACAAUGAACAAUACCCAAAGCGAGUCGUCCUGCCGCUUUCGAUGGUGGAUGACGUGGUCGAAAGGAUACAUGCGGAACUAGGGCAUUCCGGCAUCCAUAAGACCGAGAGGGCCCUUCGCCGACGGUACUACUGGCCGAAUCAGAAGACCGAAAUACAGAACGUUGUCCGGUCUUGUGAACACUGCUUAGGCUUCAAGUCCCCCGGGCAGUCCUACAGAGCCCCUCUACAACCAAUCAAGACGGGCUACCCCACGAGAGGGUAGCGGUAGACCUCGUUGGCACAAUCGCGCCAUCCGCGAGGGGAAAUCGGUUCAUUCUCGUCAUGGUGGACUGUUUCCCCAAGAUGGCUGAGGCAGUACCCCUGCCAGAUGCGUCUGCCCCCACAGUAGCCCGAGCCAUUUUCAACGGGUGGAUCUGCCGCUGGGGAGCCCCGGACCAAAUCCACUCAGACUGAGGCUCGUCGUUCGAGAGCGGCGAACUCACCACCCACAUGGGACGAAGCCUUGCCAGCGGGCAUGUUGGCUUACCAAUCCACGGUAAAUGUCACUACGCAACAAACGCCGUUCUUCCUUAUGUGUGGGAGGGAGAUGCAACUCCCCGAGGACCUCCAACAUCCGCUCAUGCAUCAGGUUGAAAAUGUCGACACGUAUGUAUCAAGAUUGCGAAAAGCUUUGCGUGUAGCAUCAGAAGAGGCCCGUUUGCAUUUGCAAUAAGGGCAGCGUCACCAAAAGGCAUUUUACGACAAGUUGGCGCACGGCACCCCGUAUAGUGUGGGAACGUUGUAUGGAUGCGCAAUUUUACAUUACCUGCGGGGGUACCCCCAAUAUUCUACCCUUAUUGGUCUGGUCCGUUCGUCGUUAUUAAAGUUCUGUCGGAUACGACUUGUCUCAUUCGUAAUCAAGAUAGGCCAUAUUCGAGCGAGUUCACGGUACAUUCCAAUCGCCUAAAGCCCGCACCAAUUACGGAUGGGAGUGUCAACCGCUCCGGACUGCAAGCCGGCACAUCUCACUAGGACGAUAACCAGUUUGUCGGACAAUAUUUGGAGGUUAUUCCUGAAGGGGGCUACGCGAGGCAUGAAGAACUCAACAAUGAACAGCAAGUCGAAAGGAUCGUGGAAGUACCCCGUGAAGGGGGCAAGGCCAUUACGAUACCAGAUGCUGCUGAGGACAGCAGGUCUUCUUCGUAGGAGGGGGCAAUGGAAUGAACCGAAACCUCACGCGAGCGCUACUACUACCUAUGUGAUUGGUGUUGCUGGACCAACUUUGACUAUGCAUAGUGGUGAGUUAAAGCGUAGUGUCUUGUUUGUUAUAAUUUGGGUUUCUUAUAAAAUUACUUAACAUAAGAAAUAGGCAAUAAAUACAAAUUAGGUGGAAUGAUGAUGACUAAAGUUUGCUCUGUUUUCUUUUCACAAUGCCACUCGAAUCUUUGGACUACUGCAACGCCUGAGGCCCUAUAAAUACUCCAGAAGGCUAACCAAGGACGGAAGUAUGACGCUCGAGUCCCGGCUUUCUGUUAUCUGUCAACUUUGCUGUUAAGCAAGGACUCCUGCGGCCCUAUCUGUGUGCAUUAGGCCAGUAACGAGGACUGUAGUAGGUUCAGUUUAAUACACUUCUCAUUAUUUCUUUAUAAAUCGCCUUAAUUCUCCUUGGGGUUCGCCCUCGAUCGGAUCGGAGACGUUACAUGAUAACCAGCAACUAGAGCACACCGAAAUUUACCCAACAGGAAAAUAAUUUCAAGGGGGACUGACAGUGCCCAAGGGGCGCUACAAUAAACCCAAUAUAUCAAAGGUCUUCAAUUUCCAUGACUAUUAUUCAUGCCCUCAAAAACUACCAAACUGAAAACUUCAAUUUUUAUAUUGUACAUAUCGUUAUUUUUCAAAACUUUUGUUAUUAUAUUCGGUUGGAACUCAGGUUUUUUUAUAACAUAAAACAAACUCUCCUUUCGCGCUCUUUUGGCUAAACAUACACCCGAAACAAAUGAAGUCAAAGUGCAGUUUAAAUUAAUGAGUUUGUUUUGGGUUUUUUCCUGAGUACAAAGGGGACUGACAGUGCCCAAGGCUGCUACAAUACAUUUAUUAUAUUCUUUACGCGGGAUUGGAGGUAGCAUUGGAAAUCUCAACUCGUGAGCGACCACCCAGGUAAGAGGAUAUAAAGUUCAAAAAUUUGCCACCUAUUGCGAAAAAGGAGAGUUUCAAGAGAAGAGGAGCAUGGUCAGCACGAUCAAGAGCCUUAGUCAAAUCGAAAUAGACUGUGUAAACUGCAAAACCAUUGUCCCUAGAUUGGGGAAGAUGAUCAAAGGAAGAGAGCUGACAGCUUUCACAAGACCGAGCUUUGACGUAUCCAUGCUCUACAGCGUUCAGUAGGUUAUUCUCAGUUAAACAACACACCAUCUUGUCUUUGAUCAAUGUUUCUAAGAUUUUCGAAACUGUGCGGAGCGUGUUUAUUGGCCGGAUGUCAUCAGAUGACGUAAAAUGACCGUGCUUGGGAUAGGCAAAAUGUGUGAUUCCUUCCACAAAGGAGGAUAGGCUUCACUUUCAAGAGCGAGCUCAAAUAUCCUUCAUAAGAUGGAUGGAAAAAUUACAUUUACAUCCACUUUUAGAAUGCUAACUGGGACACUAUCGGGUCCUGGGCUAUGAGGGUAACGAAACGGAGGCUAACGAAAUUGAGAAUUCUGAAUAGGAACAGGUAAAAUCUCCCUGGACUAUUUUUUGGUUUAUUUGAUUUUGCCCGUUUGCCAGACUUGAGUGGCCUUGCAUGGGAACGGGUUGGAUUUGACCCAGUUUUAUUACCUAAGUCAUUAUUCCGAACCAUGGAGCUCGACUGCGUCUCUAGGGUUAGCCCUUCUUUACUUCUAAGUUAAAGCGACCUGAUAUAACUGAGAGCGUCACUGAAGCAAUUAUAGCUGCCUGGAGAUAUUUGUUGUCCCCGUGAAACUGUUAUGGUCAGGCCUGACAGAAUCUUCUCACCAUACCUCAAACACUUGAGACGUCGCAAAGAAGCUUUCUACAAAGUAGGUCAGCGUGACAAGGUGAAGGAUAUCAAUGUUUUAAUAAAGAACGAAAUUGCCAGACUUAAUGGUUUAUUCGUUAGUCAACUUUUUUCUACUUCAUCCACCCCCUCCUCUCCUUUUCCUUCUGUUGAACUGUGGAGGAAUCUCAAGCGUCUCGCUGGUCAACGUAAUAUACUUGAACCCAUUGACGUAGAUUUAAACUCUUUAAAUCGGAAUUUUAUCUGUACUUCUAACGACUCCCCUUCUCGCCCAAACGAAAUUUACCUACCACCAUGUGACUUUACUCCUGUGACUGUGACAACAGUGGAACAACAUCUCAAAAAGAUUCGCGGAUCAACGGCGGCUGGGCCGGAAGGUGUCUCUCCUUUUCUCCUUAAGUCUUGCUGUUCGCAGAUAGCUCCCGUCUUGACCCACCUUAUUAAUCUAUCCUUAAUAGAGUCCAAGAUUCCUGACGCCUGGCGUACAGUAAGAAUUACUCCAAUCCCUAAAAAAUCUUUAACUUUUGCUCCUAAAUCUUUCCGUCCUAUUGCCUGCUCUUCUGCACUCCUGAAACUUACUGAACGAGUUGCAUUAGAUUCCCUUAAGUACUCCUCCGUCAAUUUUUCUGAUCCUCUACAAUUUGCAUACAAGGCAAAGCGUAGCACCUUGGAUGCUGUUGCUUUAGUUGUUCAUUCAGCUUUGAGAGACUUAGACAAGGGAUGCCGUGCAUAUGCAUGUGCUUUUCUCGACUACUCAUCCGCCUUCAACACUAUUCCGCGCCAACUCCUCCUGACCAAAGCAGCUGCGUGCGACACUCCGAGCUGGGUUGUCUCUUGGCUUAGAGAAUAUUUUUCCUCCCGCACUCAGUUUGUCCAGUCGGGAAAGAGAAAAUCUUCUAUUCUUCCAAAUAAUUGUGGAGUUCUACAAGGUUCCAUCUUAUCCCCUCAUCUUUUCUCCCCACAUACUGAUGAUUUGAGAUCGCCAAACGAUUGCCUGUAUGAUAAGUAUGCCGAUGACAUGGUCGUAGGCCACCCACUCAAAAACCUGACUCACCUACAGUCUUUAAAGGAUGGCUUAGAUCACGUCUCCGCAUGGUCUUCGAAUAAUGGACUCCUACUCAACAAUCAGAAAUCAGUACAGUGUGUGCUUCGAUUGCGACCCUCUCCCAUUCCUGAACCUUUGGAUAUUCUUCCCAAUGAGGUAUCUUCUUUCCGGUACCUAGGUGUUACUUUAUCCUCAAAUCUCUCUUUCUCUCUUCAUAUAGAAACCCUUUUAACAAAAAUUCAAAAACUUGUUUAUUACAUUCGUCGUCUACGUUCAUAUCACACACCCCAGUCCUUAAUCUGGCGAUUCAUAGAUGGCUGUAUUCUUCCACUCAUUAUUUAUUGUUCUCCAGUUAUUUUUCCAGCUUUACUUGAGAAAGAUCUAAUUAUUUUUAAACGUGUCAUUCGAAUGCUCGCCUCUGCUGCUGCUGCUGCUGCUGCUGCUGCUGCUGCUGCUGCUGCUGCUGCUGCUGCUGCUGCUGCUGCUGCUGCUGCUGCUGCUGCUGCUGCUGCUGCUGCUGCUGCUGCUGCUGCUGCUGCUGCUGGUGUUUCCUAUCAUAUUUUAGUUGAUAUCAUCGUGCAGCGACACUUCAACUCGGUGGAGCAAUUCGCUGACCGAAUUCUGAAUGACACCGUCCAUCCCCUUCAUAAUGAGUUAAUGGCUGCGAAAUCCUUACGCCCCAUGCGUCGAUGCUUCCGCCACAUCCCUUGCCGCACUUCGGCCUAUCGGAAUUCCAUACUGCCAUUUCUAGCCCGGUAUCUCACCUGCAAAGAUGUUGAAAAACAAAAACUAAAACUCGAUCUUGCACCUUAA